UUGACUGAAUUCUAUAUCAUAACACAGGAAAUGGGGACCAAUUUUUAUUACACUUCUUCCUCAUAUCAUUACUUGCAAGAACACUCAUCGGAUAGCCUCUCUUUCUGAUCUCUGUCACUCUGCACACCACAAUCUCUGAUCAAUAUCAGUACUUCCCCAUGAAAGAAGCAGCAGCUCAUGAGACCAUCCCUCACUUGUUUAGAUGUCCAAUAAGUCUGGAUUUGUUCAAGGAUCCUGUGACCCUUUGCACAGGACAGACCUAUGAAAGAUCCAGCAUUCAGAAAUGGCUGGCAUCUGGGAACCUCACAUGUCCUGUUACAAUGCAGAAGCUUCAUGAUACUUCCUUUGUGCCUAAUAAUACUCUUCGCCAUUUGAUUAGCCAGUGGCUUCAAAUGGGUGACCAAAUAAGCCCUCACUGCGUUUCUGCUAUUGAUUCCAUGGCUGCUUUGAGAACCAAACUUGAAUCUCAUGAGUUUUCUUAUGAAUACAAGCUUCAAGUUCUUCAAAGAGUUAGGAUUUUAUGUGAACAGUUUCCUUCUCGUAAUUCUUGUUUCGUCCAAUUUGGGUUCUUGUCAGUGCUUUUGGAGUUGGUUUUUGGAGAAGAAGAAGCUAAACUAUCACAAGAGUAUCAGGAAUUUGUAGAGCAAGCGCUUAGUUUCGUGGUUUCUAUGGUUUCUCUUGAUCAGAUACAGUCCCUAAAUAUGCUAAUGGAGGAGCCUAAACUAUCAAGGUUCAUGGUUUUGUUUAGUCAUGGCACUGCCACCAUCAAGAUCAGUUUAUGUCAGCUGGUUGAGGCAAUUUCAUCUUCAGUUCAGACUAAAGAUCUUGGUGUUUUACUCGGAAACGCUACCGAGCUUUUACGUGAAGUCGUGCAACUUCUACGCCAUAACUCGGAGGUAUCCGAUGCUGCAACCAAAGCCAUAUGUUCACUAAGUAACAUGGAACAACACAUCAAUAAUUUGGUUGUGGAAGGUGCAGUUACAGGGCUUAUUACGUACAUUUCUAAUGCUCAACAAAGAGAAAGAAGCUCUGCAAGAGUGGCAAUGGCAGCAAUUGAGAAACUUUUAGCCAUGAGAAGUGCAAAAGUGGAAGUGGUAAAUAAUCCAAAUGGUGUGAAUGCUAUUGUGAAGAUGGUUUUUAGAGUAUCAGAUCUUGGAGGCAGUGAAAGUGCUGUUGGAUCACUUAUAAUAUUGUGUUAUGAUUCAGUGGAAGCAAGGGAAGAGGCCAUUAGAGGUGGAGUGUUGAGUCAAUUGCUUCUGCUAUUGCAGAGUCAGUGCUGUGCAAAGACCAAAACAAAGGCGAGAAUUCUGCUAAAGCUUCUUAGAUCCAAGUGGGUUGAGGACAAAAGGAAUAUGUAAGGUGUGAUAAUAAUAUUCUAUGCCCCUCAGCCUUUUUUUUUCCCUUUCAAAUGUGAAUCUAUACAUUAUAGCCUGCAAAUUUGAUUGGCUAUAGAAGAAAUAUCUAAUAGGGUACAUCAUCAGGUAUAGAAACAUUCAGUCAUUGGAGAUUUAUAGUCACAUGCAAAUGCAUUUCAGUAUC